AUGGGGAAGCAGCGUGCGAGAGGCACUCGGGCUCCACGCCCUGUGACGUCCUACUUCGACCAGUCCGCCCUCGCUGAGAAGCUGCAGCCACUCGCGAAGCUCAAGGAGCGUGUUCUGGGCUUCUGUUGGGACGGGUCGGACUACCUCGCUGGCAGGGGCAAGGCGGCCGACGUCCAGGGGCUCAAGAAGCACGCCAAGGUCCUGGACAUCUUGCUGGAUUUCGCGCCCAGCGGCUUCCCUUCGCAGCCGACGCUGCGCGCCACUUUCAGGUACCUGCGCGCCCACAGCACCAUCUUCGAGAACCUCGACGAGAUGCACGCGUUCAAGCGGACGACGGAGGCGGCAGACAACUGGCGCGUCAUGAUGCGCCACAUAUACGACUUGGCUAAUACUGGCACCGAUACUGGCUGUGAGGUCGUCGACAACAUGGCGAAGAAGAUCGAGCUGCCGAAGGCUACCGCCACCGACGGCGCCGAGAGCAACGGUGACGACGAGGGCGCCACGGCCGCCGAGCAGCCGCCGCCCGCCCAGACCGAGCUGGGGCCAGCGGAAGUGCAGAGCCUGUUCCCGCCCAUGGACGUCGACGACACGAGCGACCACGGAACGCUGAGUGCGGAGACGGUCUGCCUCGGCGCCUCCGCUGGCGCCGUCGACACGGUCAGCUCCUCGGACGACGAGUGCCAGAUGACCCAGGUGACGUGCAACUGUGAGGAGUGCAUGGCCAAGCUCAGGGUGUCUUGCACGACGUCGAGCGCGGCGACUUCGGGGCUCGCGAGUUCGGGGGCCACCAGCUCAGGGACUCCAACGGAUCCACCUACUUUGCGCAUCCCCGACCCGAAGCGCGGGGGCCAGAAGCAGGAGACGUUGAAGAAGCGGACGAGGUUGACGGCCAAGACGGCUGACCCGACUACUACGCCUCCGAAGGCCGCCGCACCCGACAAGGACACGACUCUGGAGAACAAGAAGCUGGUCACGCCCAAGAAGAUGAGGAUGAUGAGGCUCAGGCGUCCGAGUGCCUCGAAGGCGACUCCGAGUGCCUCGAAGGCGACUUCGCCUCCAGGCUCGAGUCCGACUCCUGGUGUUCUGAAGCUCCCGAUCAAGAUGACAGAGCGCAAGCCGAAGGUCGGUCGUUGUGGCGAGGCCUACCUGGUGCACUGCGUCAAGGACACCCCCCCUGUGAAGUGGCAGUUCGUGGCUGGCCUCUCGUCCAACUCCUCCGAUGACUACCUCGCCAAGAUCUGCGAGCUCAAGCGUCUCAUCGAGCAGAAGGCCGUCACCACCAUUCAGGAGGCCAAAGCGUGGGCUUCUGAGAAUGCCUAG